AAAAAACGGAGGAAAAGACACUAGAACAGAAAUAGCACAUCCGCAACAUAAAAUGUACAAAAGAAGCCUAGUCUGAGCUGUGAAUUGUGAGAGUUUGGUGAAGAAGCUUGAAGCUCCAACAAUGGCGAGUAAGCCCGGCGUUCCGAGAUCGGGAGCUAUUUCCAAGGGCUACAACUUCGCAUCUCACUGGGAACAGAACGCGCCGUUAACGGAGCAGCAACAAGCGGCCAUUGCAAACCUCUCCCACGCCGUCGCAGAGCGACCGUUCCCGCCCAAUUUGGCGCAAGAUCGAAUCUCGGAGCAGCAGAAUGGCCUGUCAGUCUCCACCAAGGGCAGCUCUUUUGGCUUGGAACACUCUGCUGCUAUGGAAGCCGUUCUUGUCAAUACGAAUCAGUUUUACAAAUGGUUUACGGAUCUUGAAUCGGCCUUGAAGUCCGAGACAGAGGAGAAGUAUCGCCACUAUGUAGACACAUUGAUGGAGCGCAUACAGAUAUGUGAUGGUAUCCUUCAGCAGGUGGAUGAUACUCUAGACUUGUUUAAUGAACUACAACUGCAGCACCAGGCAGUAGCAACAAAGACUAAAACUCUUCAUGAUGCGUGCGACCGACUGUUGAUAGAAAAGCAACGACUGAUUGAAUUUUCAGAAGCACUCCGCAGUAAGCUCAACUACUUUGAUGAAUUGGAGAAUAUUGCUACAAAUUUUUAUUCUCCAAACAUGAAUGUUCUAAAUGAGAACUUUCUCCCUCUGCUCAAACGACUUGAUGAUUGCAUAUCGUAUGUUGAAAGCAAUCCGCAAUAUGCCGAAUCCAGUGUUUACCUACUCAAAUUUCGCCAACUGCAGUCUCGAGCCUUGGGCAUGAUUCGUUCACAUGUACUUGCAAUUCUUAAAGGUGCUUCUUCUCAGGUACAGGCAGCUAUCGGAAGCAGUGGUGGCAGCAAAGCUUCUGUUUCUGAGGGUGUAGAAGCAUCUGUUAUAUAUGUCCGUUUCAAGGCAGCAGCAAGUGAGCUUAAACCAGUGCUGGAGGAAAUUGAAAGCAGAGCAUCAAGGAAAGAAUAUACUCAGAUCCUUGCAGAAUGUCACAAGCUAUACUGCGAACAACGCCUUUCCUUGGUAAGAGGUAUAGUACAUCAAAGAAUAUCUGAAUUCGCCAAGAAAGAGGCAUUGCCAUCAUUGACUAGAUCUGGAUGUGCAUAUCUAAUGCAGGUCUGUCAGCUUGAGCACCAACUUUUUGACCACUUUUUCCCAUCUUCCGCAGAGGAUGUUUCAAGUUUGGCUCCAUUGAUAGAUCCUCUGUCUACAUAUUUAUACGAUACACUACGGCCAAAGCUUAUUCAUGAAACAAAUAUUGAUUCUCUUUGCGAACUUGUUGAUAUAUUGAAAGUUGAAGUCCUAGGUGAACAGUUAAGUCGGCGGAGUGAAUCAUUAGCUGGCCUACGUCCUACACUGGAGAGAAUUCUUGCUGAUGUUCAUGAGAGGUUGACUUUCCGUGCUCGAACCCAUAUUCGUGAUGAGAUAGCAAAUUAUUUACCUUUGGACGAAGAUUUGGAUUACCCUGCAAAGCUGGAAAAAGCUGCGACAGAUGAACUUGAAACUACUUCUGAUGAUGAAAACCUCGUUUUUAAGACCUGGUAUCCACCUCUAGAGAAAACACUAUCUUGUCUGUCAAAGCUGUAUCGCUGCUUAGAACCUGAAGUUUUCACUGGUUUAGCACAGGAAGUUGUCGAAGUUUGUUCAAUAUCUAUUCAGAAAGCUAGUAAACUCAUUGCAAAGAGAUCAUCACCAAUGGAUGGUCAGCUCUUCCUCAUAAAGCAUCUUCUUAUCUUAAGGGAGAAGAUUGCACCUUUCGAUAUUGAGUUUUCUGUUACACACAAGGAGCUUGAUUUCUCGCACUUGCUGGAGCAUCUACGGCGGAUUCUUAGAGGUCAAGCCUCUCUAUUUGACUGGUCCAGGACAACUUCGCUGGCAAGAACCUUAUCUCCCCGUGUUUUGGAAAGUCAAAUAGAUGCCAAGAAGGAACUGGAGAAAAGCCUAAAAGCCACUUGUGAGGAGUUCAUUAUGUCGGUCACUAAGCUAGUUGUGGAUCCUAUGCUUUCAUUUGUUACCAAGGUCACAGCUGUGAAAGUUGCAAUGUCAGGCAGCCAGAAUCAAAAGGUAGAGUUGGUUAUGGCUAAACCACUCAAAGAUCAAGCUUUUGCAACUCUAGAUAAAGUAGCUGAACUUGUUCAAAAGGUAACCACUGCCAUUCACCAAGAGUUGCCAAUGGUAACGAGGAAAAUGAAGCUUUAUCUGCAGAACUCAUCAACACGGACAAUUCUAUUCAAACCAAUACAGACAAAUAUUGUGGAAGCCCAUAUACAAGUACAGUCCCUGCUAAAGGCUGAGUAUUCACUUGACGAACUACAAGGAAUGAUAAAGAUGCCGUCUAUUCAAGACCUACAAGCACAACUUGAUACUCUACUGUAGGGUUUUUUGAAAGCCAUUGAAUCAUUCAAUUACUAUUUUUUUUUCUAUGACAUUUUUCUUCUCAAGAUUCUUAAGAUUAGAAUUGAUAUAUUAAAUGAACAUAUUUUUUAUUUUUAUUUUUCAUUUUGACAACAAAAAAUUAUGUUAAACCUUGUUAAU